AUCGUCAUCCUCGAGCCAUAUCAUCUUACACAAGCAAGUUUAGAGAUUUCAUACAAACACAAUCAAGCACUUAACAGAGAUUCUUUCCUUUUAUCUCACAAGAUUCAUUUCUCGGAUUCUCCGUUCUAACCCUACCGGUUUUCUCUAUAUAAACCUCUCUUUGCUUCUCCUACUCUCCAUCGCUUCCAAACCCGAAAACCUCUUCUAUACUGAUCAUCAUACUCACUCUCAGCAAUCAUGGCCCCAAAUUUGAGCAAUGGCUUUGCCGUCGUUAACGUCGACAAUGGCGCAAACCCAAGUCCAUUUAGCCUUCAAGGUUCCAACUUGACGGCCAACGGCCACGUCAUCCUCUCCGACGUCCCCCAAAACAUAACACUCCACCCAUCACCCCACACCAUCAACAAGUCCACCACCCCCGGCUCUUUUGUUGGCUUCGACGCCCCCGAGGCCAGCAGCCGCCACGUGGUGCCCGUCGGUCAGCUGAAGGACAUCCGGUUCAUGAGCAUCUUCCGGUUCAAGGUCUGGUGGACCACUCACUGGGUGGGAUCCAACGGCCGUGACCUCGAGCAGGAGACCCAGAUCGUCAUCCUUGAAAACUCCGACGCCGGCAGGCCCUACGUCGUCAUCCUCCCGCUCCUUGAAGGCGGCUUCCGCGCUUCCAUCCAGCCAGGCUCCGAGGACUACCUCGACGUCUGUGUAGAGAGCGGUUCAACGCAGGUCAACGAAAAGGGAUUCUCCGGCGUGCUUUAUCUUCACGCCGGAGAAGAUCCCUUCACGCUGGUGAAGGACGCAGUCAAGGUCGCCAAGGCGCACUUGGGAACGUUCAACCUGUUGGAGGAGAAGACGCCACCUGGCAUCGUCGACAAGUUCGGUUGGUGCACAUGGGAUGCUUUUUACCUCACUGUGCACCCUCGCGGCGUCAUUGAUGGCGUGAGGAAGCUAGUGGAGGGUGGGUGCCCUCCAGGGCUUGUGUUGCUGGACGACGGGUGGCAGUCCAUAGGCCACGACUCUGAUCCCAUCACCAAAGAAGGGAUGGGCCAGACCGCCGCCGGUGAGCAAAUGCCGUGCAGGCUGCUCAAGUUCCAAGAGAACUACAAGUUCAUAGACUAUGUCAGCUCCAAGGACCCUAGUAGCCAAGGCAUGGGUGCGUUUGUGAAGGACUUGAAGGACGAGUUCAAGAGCGUUGACUACGUGUACGUGUGGCACGCUCUGUGUGGGUACUGGGGUGGGAUCCGGCCCAAUGUUCCUGGCCUGCCGGAGGCGGUGGUUGUUAAUCCGGAACUGUCACCGGGGUUGAAGAACACGAUGGAAGAUCUGGCCGUGGAUAAGAUAGUCAACACUGGGAUUGGGCUGGUCCCACCGGAAAUGGUUAACCAGAUGUAUGAAGGGCUCCACUCUCACCUGAAGUCCGUCGGGAUCGACGGCGUCAAGGUCGACGUUAUCCAUUUGUUGGAAAUGUUGUGUGAGAACUAUGGUGGCCGUGUGAACCUGGCUAAGGCAUAUUACGAUGCCCUAACAGCUUCAGUGAGGAAGCACUUCGACGGCAAUGGUGUCAUUGCUAGCAUGGAGCACUGUAACGACUUCAUGUUCCUUGGAACCGAAGCCAUCACUCUCGGCCGUGUCGGUGACGAUUUCUGGUGCACUGACCCCUCUGGUGAUCCCAACGGCACCUUUUGGUUGCAAGGGUGUCACAUGGUUCAUUGUGCUUACAAUAGCUUAUGGAUGGGUAACUUCAUACAGCCGGAUUGGGACAUGUUCCAGUCCACUCAUCCCUGUGCCGCUUUCCAUGCUGCCUCUAGGGCAAUCUCCGGCGGUCCUAUUUAUGUGAGUGACACUGUGGGGAAGCACAACUUUGACUUGCUCAAAACCCUAGUGGUGCCUGACGGCUCUAUCCUUCGCUGCGAGUACUAUGCUCUCCCUACCCGCGAUUGUCUUUUUGAGGAUCCUCUCCAUGAUGGCCGCACCAUGCUCAAAAUUUGGAACCUCAACAAGUUCAAUGGAGUUCUUGGAGCCUUUAACUGCCAAGGAGGAGGCUGGAGCCCAGAGACUAGGCGAAACCAAUGUUUUUCUAAAUUUGUGGGAAAGGUGACCUCCAAGGCCAACCCUAAAGACAUUGAGUGGAACAGUGGCAAGAGUCCAAUUUCCAUUGAAGGAGUGCAAGUGUUUGCAUUGUACUAUCACCAGGCCAAGAAGCUAGUCCUGUCUAAGCCAACCGAGGAUAUGGAGUUGUCACUGGAGCCCUUCAACUUUGAGCUAAUUGUCGUUUCUCCUGUGACUACUUUGCCUAUCAAGUCUGUCCAAUUUGCCCCUAUUGGCUUAGUGAACAUGCUCAACACCGGCGGUGCUGUCAAGUCGUUGGUUUACAGUGAGGAGGGAGACUCUGUUCAAAUUGGGGUGAAGGGCACCGGAGAGAUGAGGGUGUUUGCGUCUGAGAAGCCACUGGGUUGCAAGAUUGAUGGAAGCUGUGUCGCUUUUGAGUAUGAAGAGAACAUGGUUAGAGUUCAUGUGCCAUGGACUGGUACAUCCACCUUGUCUAUUGUGGAGUACAUAUUCUAGAUCUAGGUCACUUAGUUAUUUCUUUAGCCGCAAGUGACAAACUAGCUAUAUUUAAGGCGUACUAUUUCCCAAUUUUCUUUUUGCUCCCUUUAUUAAUACUAUGGGAGAAUUAACUAUGUUUCAUUAUGAUUUCAAGUAAUACAAAUUAUCAAA